GAUCAUCUUAUUGCCGUGGCGUGAAGCUGGAUGGAGCAGGCGGGGAGCAGGAAGGGUCGUCUUGGAUGCCUCGGUGCGAAGUAAACUGAGGCGGGGAGGUUGGAGGGGAGGCGGGACAGGCAAAGCCCCUGGCUACCGCACGCGGCACGCCGGCAGCAAAGUCCCAUCGCCAAUGAACUUCAACGGGCAUAUGUAUACAGCUUCGGUAGGAGGUCGUGGACGCCUGAGGAAAACCUUGCCAAAUAGCAAAACGCCAUGGGCUUCUUCCAAAUCCAGCUGAGCUCUGCAAAUGUGGUGCAGGGGACUGGCGGGAUGGCAUGCACUUCAUUGACCUGCCAGAGUGGCUUGCGGGGGACACCUCCGACUGGUAGAUAGCCAUCGAGUCAUUCAUUGUCAGCGUGAAUACUGUGCCCGCAAACGCGCCGUACUUUAUUGAGAGCAACACCCUCACCCAGGGCAACUCCUACUCAUCACUUACUAACAGCGCGGGGUACCAGCUGAUGCCCAUGGUUGGCUCAGUUUUCACACGCAUCAUUCCCAGCAACCUGCUGGGCACCCGGGUCGGAAACGCCUCCAUCUUGCGCGGCAAGCUGCACAACUUCAGGUUGGUGGGAAUGGACGGCAACCUGAUUCCCGCGGACGCAUUUGGCGCUGGUGUCACGCCCGUUUGGAUGAUGACCCUGGUGGCCUACUCCGACUCCGCAGCAGGGCAGCCUGGCAGCGGCGGCGGUCGCGGCGGGCCUGGCGGCGGCGCAGGGGCGCGUGCGGCAGGCCGUCUCACGCAUUGACGCAGGGCUCGGGCUGGGUGCUGGCGGUUCGGGUGAGGUGGGCAAGCAGGGCGUUGAGCCGCGCGUGGGGUCUGUGCCGCCCGCGGGCGGCGCUGGCAGCAACGCUGAGCCAAUGAGCAUGUCGCAGUAGUGUGCUGCUAGUUCUCUGUAACGGAAUGCUGCC